AACAUUGAUAUAAGCGACAAUAACUUCCACCAGUUUGAGUUAGAAUCAUGCCGAAUUUUGUUGUGUACACCAACUUGCCAAAAGACAAAAUUCCGAAGGAUUUCCUUCAACAAGCCUGUGCUUUUAUUUCAAAAGAAUUGGGAAAAGCCGAACAUUAUAUUACUGUGCGAGUAAAUGCUGACCAGAUGAUGAGUAUGGGAAAUUCUUCUGAUCCUUGUGCAAGUGUAGAACUGAAAAACAUCACAGAUGGAGCAAAAAAUAAAGAACAUGCUGUAAACAUUACCGACUUUGUGGAAAGAACACUCAACAUCCCAAAGGACAGGUUUAUGAUCACCUUUACAAAUGAGAGAAGAGAAGAUAUUUCAUUUAAUGGAAAAACCUUUGCAUGAGGAGUAAUUGUGCUGUCAAAUUACAGACAGUGAAGAUAUUGACUUGACAUGAUGAUUAUGAAGGAGGAAUUUAAUCUGCUUAGUGCAAUAUUUAGAUGCCAUUAAUUCAAUAAAAACGGAACAUUAAAAAAAA